AUGGCCAUCAUGCUCCAUAACACCGGGGAGUUUGAUCCCCGCUGCCUCAACGGUAAUUCACGUGGCUAUCAUGAUGAAUUACAAGGUUUUUUAAAAGGUGCUGGAAGCAAACUUGUAGUGAUUAAGUUUUCAGCAAGAUGGUGUGGUCCGUGUAAAAUGAUACAUCCUGCUUUCCAAGCAAUGUCUCUGAAAUAUCCAAAUGUAAAGUUUGGUCAUGUGGAUGUGGAUGACUCUCCGGAACUGUCUCAAGAAUAUCACAUCAAAAUAUUACCCACAUUCCAGAUGUUCAAGCAAACCCAGAAGCCAGGGGAACUAUUUAUAGGAGAGAUGGUCAUCGACCAGACAACCCAGAUAAAUCAUGAAAUUCUGUACCCACACCUAGGUGACCAUAUUCUCAAGACUCCAGAGACUAUGUUGCUGUUACAGAAGUGGAAAGGAGAUCAAGCCGGAAAUGAUGGACGCAUGAGCUCAGAGAGCUUAUAA